AACCCACAAAAGGGACAGGAAUUUCGUGGGCUCAGCCGGUGCCACGGUGUACACAAGAACGAGCAAGGCCAAAGCCGGCGCAGAGCAAAGAAUUCUCCCCCCCAAGAUUGAGAGCAGCGCAAAGGGGUUCAUUGGCGUCCAAACGAAGCAGUGCGGACGUCGUGGGUCUCUCCUUUACCACAACAAAAUAAUGUCUGAGCACGCGCGGCGUGCUGAGAGAGUGAGCGAGAGUCAACGGUAAGCCCAGAGCAGCCAGACUCCAAAACCCGUUGCGUGGCUCUGAACACGAUCUGCGAACGCAACGGUGUGUGGGUGAUCACCGAGCCAACCGCGCGAACAUGGAAGCAGCGAAUGAAAAGGGUUCCGACGAUGGUGCUGCAGCAGCGCCGACGACGGCGACGACAACGACGACGACGACGACGAGGAGCCUCGGACGCAAUCAAACCGGUGCCGGCUCGCGAGUCCCAAACGAUCCGCGAACCUGUCCACCACGCUCAGCUCAGCUCCGGUACGAUCAAGCUACGCGGCACAGAAGUGAACCAACAGCAGAACGAAUCAGCUCUAGUGCCUCACCGUCAUCAUCAUCAUCAUCAUCGGUGGCAUCGCCAUCAGUGCUUUCGGCAAUCAGUGGAGUGCGUCACAGAAGUGUACCGACGUCGACGACCGGCUAUUCUAGUGGUGGUUGUUCCGGAUUGCAAUCCAGCUCAGCAACAACAAACAGCCUUCUAGCGCAGCAGCACCUGCGGAGGAGGAGCAGCAGCUGUCAAAAGGGCACCCCGCAGUACUACCAGGAACUGCAGCAGCAGCAGCAACCCCGGGACUACGACGAUCCGGACGCGGCGGACGAGGAGGGCGAGAUGGAGGCGGAGCGGGAUCUGGCCGAGGAUGCGCAGUGGAAGCGAAUACAGCAGAACACGUUUACGCGCUGGGCCAACGAGCACCUGAAGAUCAUCAACCAGAACAUUGCCAACCUCGAGAGCGACCUGUCCGAUGGGUUGCGGCUGAUCGCACUGAUCGAGGUGCUGUCACAGAAGCGCAUGAGCAAACACAACAAGCGGCCAACCUUCCGCAGCCAGAAGCUGGAGAAUGUGUCCGUCGCUCUCAAGUUCCUCGAGAUCGAGGGCAUCAAAAUCGUCAACAUCGAUUCCUCCGACAUCGUCGACUGCAAGCUGAAGCUGAUCAUGGGCCUGAUCUGGACGCUGAUUCUGCACUACUCCAUCUCGUUGCCGAUGUGGGAGGGUGACGAGAACGGCGAUAACCAGGCGAACGGUAACGGAGCGUCACCGAAGCAGCGGCUGAUGAACUGGAUUCACCGGCUGGUACCGGACCUGCCGAUCAACAACUUCACCAGCGACUGGACGAACGGAAAAGCGGUCGGUGCGCUGGUCGAUGCCGUUGCGCCCGGUCUCUGCCCGGACUGGCCAAUGUGGGACCCGAAGGAUGCGGUACAGAAUGCGGCCGAAGCGAUGGGACUGGCGGAUGAUUGGCUGAACGUACGGCAACUGAUACGACCGGAGGAAAUGGUCAAUCCGAACAUUGACGAGCAGUCUAUGAUGACCUACCUGUCACAGUAUCCGAAUGCGAAGCUGAAAUCGGGCGCUCCGUUGCGACCGCGCACGAACCAUAGCAGGGUGCGCGCAUACGGUCCCGGUAUCGAACCGACCGGACCAACGGUCGGAGCGCCAGCCAACUUCACCGUCGAGACGUUUUCGGCCGGCAAGGGCAACGUGGAGGUGGCCGUCCAGAACCCGAACGGUAACCCGGAGAAGGUGGACUGUCGCUUCAACAACGACAAGAACCUAACGUACUCGGUGUCCUACAUACCGAAGCUGGAGGGAUCGCACAAGGUGUACGUCAAGUUCAACGGUCGUGACAUCCCGAAGAGUCCGUACGAGGUGCAGAUCGAAGGUCAGGCCGGUGAUGCAUCGAAGGUAACGGCCAGUGGUCCCGGUCUGCUUCCGGACGGUGUGAUCGUCGGUAAGCAGACGUACUUCGACAUUCAGACGAAGGACGCCGGCAAGGGAACACCCGAAGUGAUCGUACUCGAUCCGGCCAACCACAAGACGACCGUUGCGGCCAAGCUACGCCAAAUCGGUCCCGAUCAGUGGCGGUGUGAGUACACCGCGAAGCAAAUCGGUCUACACUCGGUCAACGUGUUCUACUGUGGGCAACAGAUCAAGGGUAGUCCGUACGGUGUGCGCGUAGCACCGGUUUGUGAUCCACGGAAGGUGCGUGCGAGUGGCCGCGGUCUGCAGCCCGUCGGUGUGCGCGUUAACGAUGAUGACGUCACGUUCCGGAUCUUCACCGAGGGUGCCGGUGAGGGUGUACCGGAGGUGAAAAUUUUCGGUCCCGGUGGCGUCGUGCCGGAGUACAGUAUGCGCAAACUGGACGCGACAACGUACGAGGUGCAGUACAUUCCACUGAAGGAGGGCCGCUACAAGCUGCUGAUCCUUUAUGGAUCGCAGGAAAUCCCCAAAUCCCCGUUCGAGGUAACGGUUGGUCCCCAGAAGCACACCUCGAUCGUGGCGUACGGUCCGGGGUUGAAGACGGGAAUGGUGGGCCAACCGGCCUGCUUUGUCGUCGAGACGAACGGUGAAACGGGCAAUCUGGGCUUCAGCAUUGCGGGGCCAUCGCAGGCCGAGAUUGAGUGCCAUGAUAAUGGGGACGGAUCGGCGCUGGUUAAGUAUCAUCCGACGGCACCGGGCGAGUACGCCGUUCACAUCCUGUGCGAUAAUGAGGACAUCCCGAGGAGUCCCCACAUUGCGCAGGUACUACCGAAGGCGGACGAUUUCCAUCCGGAACUGGUGAAGGUGAGCGGUCCGGGGGUGGAGAAGAACGGAAGUGUGAUCGUCAACAAACCGACCGAGUUUACGGUGGAUGCGACGCGUGCCGGUUCGGCACCGCUCGAGGUGAAGAUCAAUGAUGUGUUCUCCAACACGAUCGCCCAUCGGAUCAGCCAGAACAAGGAGGACGGAACGAGAAAGAUCAGCUAUACGGCGCCAUCGGCCGAUCCCGUCACGGUCGAGGUUAACUAUGGUGGUGUGGCCGUACCGCAGUCACCGUUCCGUGUGAACGUUUCCACCCCACUGGACGCCUCGAAGGUGCAGUUCUUUGGACCGUGGCUCGAACCGGGCGUGAAACCGAACGCCGCUACGCACUUUAACGUUGACGCGAGAAAUGCCGGCACGGGACAGCUGGAGGUGAAUCUGGUGCACGAGGAAACGAAACAGAAGGUACCGGUGCGCAUCAUCGACAACGAAGAUCAAACGUACGCCGUGGAAGUGAUACCGCCCCUACCGGGCACCUAUACGACCAACCUCGUCUACGGUGGCCUCAAGGUACCGAUCGCCCCGAAAGUAACCGUAUCGCCACCGGUCGACGUGUCGAAGAUCAAGGUCGAUGGUCUGGAACCAACUGCCCCACUGAACAGUCUCCAGCAGUUCCGCGUCAUCACGAAUGGCAUCGGGAAGGCGGAUCUGGCCGUCACGAUCACGAGCCCAUCGGGCAACCGCAUCAAGGCGCACGUCAUACCGACGGCCGAGGGCUUUCUGGUCAACUUUACCCCGACCCAGCUCGGCGAGUAUCUGCUGAGCGUUAGCUUCGGUGGUACGCCGAUCACACCGCAACCGUUCCGAUUGCAGUGUCUGGUCGGUUCCGAUUCACGCAAGGUACAGGCGAGUGGUCCGGGGCUGGUCCGUGGUAUCAUUAAUCGACCGGCGGAGUUUAUGAUCGAUACGCGGGGUGCUGGCCAGGGUGGACUCGGUGUUACGGUGGAGGGACCGUGUGAGGCGGCGAUCAACUGUCGCGAUAAUGGGGAUGGGACGUGCAAUGUCGCCUAUCUACCGACCGAGAUCGGUGACUAUACGAUCAACAUAACGUUCAACGAUGAUCACAUCGCCGGUUCACCGUACCAGGCGAUCAUCGUGCCGGAACCGAAUCUGAAUAAGAUACGCGUGUCCGGCAUGGGUAUCCAACCGCACGGCGUCGUAAUGAACGCACCGACCGAUUUCAUGGUCGACAUGAGCAAGGUCGGUAAUGACGUCGAUCGAGCGAAGCUAUCCUGUAACAUCUUCGAUCCACGGGGCAACGAAAUUCCGAGCAAACUGGUGCCAAGCGAAUCCGCCGACGAUGUGUUCCGCAUCAUGUACACACCGUUCGAGGCGGGUCGGCAUACAAUCGAGCUCCUUUACGAUAACGUACCCGUCCCGGGAUCUCCGUUCGUCGUGAACGUUAAAUCCGGAUGCGAUCCGACGCGCUGCCGUGCGUACGGUCCCGGUCUGGAAGGUGCAAUGACCGAUAACAAAGCGACGUUUACGGUAGAAACACGUGGUGCCGGUGCCGGUGGACUAUCGCUCGCGAUCGAAGGACCAUCGGAGGCGAAGAUGCACUGCACCGACAACCGGGAUGGUUCGUGUGAGGUCGAAUACUUGCCGACGGAACCGGGCGAGUAUGAUGUGACGAUCCGGUUCGCCGAUAAGCACAUCCCAGGUUCACCGUUCAAGGUACUGGUGAAGGAGUCAACACGCCCGGAGAAGGUGAAGGUGUACGGUCCGGGCAUCGAGCAUAAUCAAGUGUGCGAGGGUGUGCCGGCCGAGUUUUACAUCGACUGUGGUACGGCUGGUCCGGGCAAUGUCGCUGUCAAGCUCAACUCCUCCGAUGGUAAACCGGUGAGCGUGCAGGUGCAGGAUAGGGGCGAUGGUGUGUACGGUGUAUCGUACGUGCCACCGAAGGAAGGAACCGUCCUGACGGCGAACGUUAGCUUUGCGGAUACGGAAGUGAGCUGCAGUCCGUUCGUGAUGACGGUGGCACCAGCCCCGAAGGAAGGACCCGUAACACCGGUGGCUAAGGUGUAUGGAGAGGCGGCGACGAAGAAGAAUCUACCUGCCUCGCUACCGGCCAAGUUCCAGAUCGAAGCACCGAAAGCGAAAGCGAAGGAGGACAUCAACGUUAGCAUCAAGGGUCCGGACGGGAAGUCGCUGUUGCCGAAGAUGGACCAGGAA